AUGCUGUUCCGCAAACGCAAAGCAAAGGGUGACGACGAGGUGGUCACCUUCGACGAGCUCACCCGAUUCCCGAUGACCUUUUACAAGACCAUCGGCGAGGAUCUGUACUCGGACAGGGAUCCCAAUGUGGUCAGGCGUUACUUGCUGCGCUUUUAUCUAGUGCUCGGCUUUCUCAACUUCAAUGCCUAUGUGGUAGGCGAAAUCGCUUACUUCAUAGUGCACAUCAUGUCAACGACAACUCUACUGGAGGCCACAGCCGUGGCACCUUGCAUCGGCUUCAGUUUCAUGGCUGACUUUAAGCAGUUCGGGUUGACAGUGAAUAGGAGACGUUUGGUGAGACUACUGGAUGAUCUCAAGGAGAUUUACCCCUUAGACCUGCAGGCACAGCGGAAAUACCACGUACCCUACUACAGGAAACACAUGAACAGGGUGAUGACGCUGUUCACCAUCCUCUGCAUGACCUACACCUCGUCGUUCAGCUUCUAUCCGGCCAUUAAGUCCACCAUUAAGUACUACCUCAUGGGCUCGGAGAUCUUUGAACGUAACUACGGCUUUCACAUACUCUUCCCCUACGAUGCCGAAACGGAUCUGACAGUCUAUUGGUUUUCCUACUGGGGACUGGCUCAUUGUGCCUAUGUGGCCGGAGUUUCCUAUGUCUGCGUGGACCUCCUGCUUAUCACAACCAUCACCCAGCUGACCAUGCAUUUUAAUUUCAUAGCCGACGACCUGGAGGCCUACGAUGGCGGCGAGCACACAGAUGAGGAAAAUAUCAAAUAUCUACACGAGUUGGUUGUCUACCACGCCAGAGCUUUGGACCUCAGCGAGGAGGUGAACAACAUUUUUAGCUUCCUAAUUCUGUGGAACUUCAUUGCUGCCUCUUUGGUCAUAUGCUUCGCUGGUUUCCAGAUUACGGCCUCCAAUGUGGAGGACAUUGUGCUGUACUUUAUCUUUUUCUCAGCCUCUCUGGUUCAAGUCUUUGUGGUCUGUUACUACGGCGAUGAGAUGAUCUCCUCAAGCUCACGGAUUGGCCAUUCUGCCUUCAACCAGAACUGGUUGCCCUGCAGCACAAAAUAUAAGCGCAUCCUGAAGUUUAUUAUAGCCCGCAGUCAGAAGCCCGCCUCCAUAAGACCGCCCACCUUUCCGCCGAUAUCUUUUAACACCUUCAUGAAGGUGAUCAGCAUGUCGUAUCAGUUUUUUGCCCUCCUCCGCACAACUUACUAUGGUUAAACCAGUGAAUCAGUCGAAAAACUACUUAAGAACAUAAACAACAUUGGAUAAUGCCUCGACUAUAAGACACCUGUUAGCAAACAUAACCUAACCUGUCUUUAUAAAUUGACAUACAUAUGUAGGCCCUGUCUAAUAACAAUCUUAACAAAAUCACCAACUUUCUCGAUUAAAUAUAUUGGCUUAUAGCCUUAA